UAGACAGUUUACAAACAAGUGACGCUGCAUGUGACGGCACCUUCGGGCCGAGCUAGACCCCCUUGCUGGAAAAUUGAUAUAACCGUUUGUGUACUUCACUGAAACCUUAUACAUCCCGAUUUGGCGUCGAUCAUAAUCCGAUUUCACCUUGAUGUACAUAAACAUAGGAUACUUCGAUUUGUUAUAAAGCUAACUCUACAGUCAACGGCAGCUUCCUUGUAAAGAUAAUUCAUCGACUGCUCCAGCACCCUCAUCGAUUGAUUUCUCCGCUGUAAAACUGGACACCUGACAAAAGAGGUCGGUUGGAUUCAAAGAGUACCUCGGGAGUUGCCACGGGUGAUGCACAGCCAGCAGUGCAUGUGGAAGAGGUAACUAUUCGAGACUCACUACUACUCCAAACUCUUCAGGUAUCAGGCUUUGCUCGAUGGGAAUCUGUACGACGAAGGAUUUCAUACCUCCGAGGUACUCACUUGCUUCAUCACCUGUUCACAAGGUUGUUCUUUUUUUUCCUCUCGGAAGCAAGUCGACGUUGUACGUGACCGAGGUCGAUGGUUGACAUUUAUGACCUGCGUUGACAUGGUGUAUGGUUGGCUGUAAAACUCAGUAUUGGUUUUAUAUGCAGACACGAGGGAUUGAAAAAAGUUUCCCGACAAGUACAAUUCUCGUGUAUAUCUUUGUGGAAGAACUUCGUUAUAAAUAUAGACCCAUGUAUGUGACACACAUAUAUCCAAGUUCUUCAGUUCUUGCGUAUACACCUGCUGAAAUAUGAAAUGAUUGUGAAGUGAUGAAGGCGAACUAACAAAGCAAUGUAGUCGAAAAAAAUUAGGAGUAUAAGCAAUCAUGACAGCUAUAUCAGCAAGAACAGACUCGGCGUCAUCGAGUAGCUCAUCCUCGACAUCCUCUUCCGAAUCGUCCUCAUCACCAAGUGCCCCAGUCUCACCGAUUCACCAUCCUCAAAGACCCACGGAACAAUCAAGCGAAGAGGAAGAAGAAAAUGCUGAAGUCGAAUGUCCCUCGUUCGUCCGCGAUCGCACCAUUUCAAGGGCACUCCACGAGUUCGAACUCGAAGAUGACGACAUCCCAGAGCCUGACUUCUCUUGGGAUGCCAGAACGAUAUCUCACCAUCUUGCCAAAUACCUUGAUGACCUCUGCGGGUGGGUACCAGACCCCAAAGUGCAAUACAGACGUGUGGCGCCGUCACAAGGAAAGAAUGGUCAAAGGACAAAGGGUACAACGAAAAGCGAUCUGGAAGCGCAGGUGCGACGGUUGUCAUUGAAUUCCAGAGUGGCUAGUCGAAUGAAAGCCUUGACGAUGGAAUUCGAAUUUCGACAUUACCACAAUCCGAAGAAAUACAUGGAGCAAUAUCGUAGGUACCACACAUGUGGAGGACCUUUGGAAAAGUUGGCUGCUCACGACACUUCUUGUGGACGCAAGAGAAGUAUUUAUUAUGCAGGAGAUGCCUCUGCUGAAGCAGGUUUCAAGGUCGAUAACCCACACACGCAGCAGGAGUCACGUUUGACAGCGGCUCAGUUACAACCAGCGUCAUCGUCAGAUAGAAACGAUGGCCAGCGUCCUACACAAUCGCGUCAACGACAGAACUCUGACUCAAGAAGUGACCAGAGUAGAACAGACUCAACGAGUGUUUCUUCGGGAACUACUCUGCCAAAAACAGUGUCAUCACAGAAUUCACCGGUUCAAAAUGAGUCUGUGUCGACCUUACCGCGGUAUUGCUCGCUGACGGAAGCUGCCAAUCGAAAGCGGCAAGUCUACAGUCAUUGGAUGGGUAUUCCUAGUUCUCGGCUACCUGUACAUGUACCUUCGUCUGCACCUAAAUCAUCAACAGAGAGCGACCGCGACAUGUCGUCGAACCUCCCAACCAAAUUGCCAGCGACGGACGAUGCAAUGUUGAUGAAACCUCAGAGCUCUACCCCGACUGGUACGGGAUCAACCACUGCUUUGUCGAACAAAGGUCUUAGACCAACCUAUCACAAUCCGUUGAUGACGAGCCCAACCGGUGCGCCGUCUGUACCUGUCACCCAAAGUACCUCCCAAUUCGGUAGUCCGCCUAGUGGACAACAUCCUCUUUGGAAACCAACUCAGUAUCCUGCCACAGCCGAUAAUCAUACUCUGCCAGUCGCCUUUGGUCACGUGACUCGUUUAAGCAAAAACACUUUGCUGAGGGCGAUUGAUGAAGAGCUAAGUGAAAUCGAAGAUCGCGGUAUGGCAGGAAACUUUUCCACUGGGAUUACACUUGAUGAUAGUUGCUAUGGUUACCAGGGUAAUGGUGUGACGUCAUCAGAAGGGUCAGCAUUUCGAGAUUUCUACUCCCACUUACUACAAGCAGCCCAUUACCUUCGGCUUGCUGGCAGACAGAAAUCGAUGGAAAACGCAAAUAAACAUGGGAUGGGUCCAAGACAUCACAGCGGACCCGCGCUCUACAAAUCAACAAAAACAAUCUCCGUGACAUCACCAACCAACGAAAUCUCUAGUUUUGCCGAACAAACAGGCCUUCCUUCCAACGUAGCCAUCUCCAAUGGGCUCGGUGUUCGUGGUCAACGCUUGAACUCGGCUACGGAUCAUCAGCGAUCGUCGCAUUCCGCUAACCCAUCUUUUGGAACACGUCAGUUCGUCAACGCUCCUGCGUUCAAGAGCAUCCAAGCUCGCUUCAACUCAUCCCCCGCCAAGAUUUCCAACAAAGACUUGGAAGCUGAAACUGGCUUCUCAAGAAAACGAUUUAUUUCUCUCGAGCCACCUGCAUCUUCAACGUUCAGAGAGAAUGUUACAAAGACAGUACCUGAUGGGGCACAUGAUCAGAAAGGCAAGACUGGAAAGAUGUUUCAUAUCUCCAUUCCACAGAAACCAUGCAAGGCUGAGGCAGCACAAGUUAACAAGGCUUCAGUAUGCCAAGCGGUGUGCUUCAAGUCAGAGAGUCAGGAAGCACUAGCACUCGCCAAUGGAAAUACUUCCAAGAAAUAAGACUUUCAAGAACUUGCCAAAGAAUCAUGAUUUUCCUGGACAUACAUGUAAAGGGUGAUUUAUCAAAAUAUUUUGUCAGAUGAUUUGUCAGUUUAAACAACUUCCUUGUGACUAAAGUGGCUGUAAGAUAAAACAGACUUUGUCAGAAAAAAAAAUUCAACAAGCCCUUUCUGUAAACUGUCUCAAGAUAAUUUCGGGGAUCCUUAAAGGUUGUUCGGAGAAAAAUGUCACAAUUCCUUGUUCCAUCCAUCUCUUGCAAUCUUGCAUGCUUUCUGUUAGAUUUUUAAAAACUAACAUGGAUGGAUGGCCACUGUAACAUAUAUGUGCUCGGUGGCCAGUGAUGCUUUAGCUUGAAAAUGCAAGCAAUUUAUUAAUACUCAAUAACAUCCAUGAAACAAACAUUUGUAAUUUGCAUUUAUAUUUGGAUAUAUCUUGCAUGGUUUCUAUGAGAUUUUGUUUGAGCAAUAACAUCAAUGGCCAUUAAGAACACUAGGUGCUUGGUGGUUAGGGAUGCGAUGGCUUGAAAAUGCGAACAAGUUCGAACAUCAUUAACAUUAACGUCUAUAACAAAAUAAUUUCUCACCUGCAUUUGUGGAAGCGUCAUGGUGUAGCGUUUCUCUCGCCUUGCAAUCAGAGGGUCGUGUGUUCGAGUCCCACCAAGGCCUGGCAUCCUUCGGCAAGGCAUUAAUCAACACUAUGCCACUCUCCACCCAGGUGAUAAAUGGGUACCCGGUAGGAUGCGAAAGCCUUUGUAGCAUGCCUAGCAAUUGAAACAUUGAUCUCUUGUUGGAAUACUCCCUAGGAAGUGGAGAAGUGCAUACAUUGUAUGCGGGCAUGUCAGGAUCCAAUGACCGGGGUAAUAAUAAUUGCCAUAAGCACUUAGAAACAAGGUGUAAUAAGCGCUAUAUGAAUGUAACUAUUAUUCUAUUAUUUAUAUUCGCAUCUGGGAGUUCCUGGUCACCGAAAAGUGUAUGCAGAGUGCUGCUUUUUUUAAAUCUGUGUUCACUCUUGCGUGGGUGUGGAAACAAGGGCCGAUAGAUCCAUGAUGGAGUCAUGAUUUUCUUGAAUUGUGACAUUUUCUUGAGAAUGACCCUAAAGAUGAUGAAAUGUAUUAAAAUAGAUGAAAAAAAACUUAGCUUAGCAUUGCUACAAGCUUAUCAUCACUAAGCUUUUCUCCACAUUGCAUUACUGCUCUUGCCAAAUAUUCAAGGAAUACAUCAACUGGUAUGAACUAUUUUGAUAAGAUAUUGUUAAACAAUGUACUCAACAUGACCAAAUAAAGUGCUUCUUACUGCAGGAACAAUCUACAUGCUUGUAUCUCUUAUUUAUUUUCUCAUAAAUUCUUAUAUUCUUAUAUCACUGUAGUCUGGAUUCUAAACCAGUUUGAACCUGAGAAAUGUAACAUUUUCCCUUAUAUAUGAUUGGGGGGUGGAACAAAGGAGGAUAUUUGACGCUGAUGUGAAGUUUUAGAAUAGAUGACUCUCAGCAGCUAUGAAAACUGAAUAUACCCUUUGGUAAGGCACUACUUGUUAGAGGAUUUUAAGUGCUCUGCCCCUAUAGAAUGGCUGUAAAUUUGGAAGUGUAAAGUGAAACAAUGCAAAUAAACAGAACUACAUGUAGUAAGGAGCCUUAUUUUGUAUCGUAUCCAUGGUGAUGCUAAUGGAAAAAAGCAUCAAAUAUUAAGAUAAUUAUGAUAAA